AAGGGAAAAGCAAUAAUCAGGGAGAAGAAGAAAAAUAAAAAAACAAAAAAAAAAUUAAAAAAGAAAAAAAGAGAGAAAAAAAAUAUUUUUGUAUAGCAAUGGCGAUAAUUUUCAAAAUUUUGUUACUUCUCUCUGUGUUGUUUGUUUCUGGUUAUGCUCAUGAAGAUGCUCAUGCAGUUCCCCAUGGAAAUGCUCAUGAAGUUCCCCAUGGAAAUGCUCAUGCAGUUCCCCAUGGAAAUGCUCAUGCAGCUGCUCCUCCUGGAGAGGAGUUGGAGAACUUGUGGGUAGAGAAAGACGCUUAUAAAAUUUUCAACCAGGAACAAGUAUUAGGUCCUCAUGAAAUGUUCGGAAAUCCUUUUGGUAAUCCGAACGAUUUCAAGGCGAACAAAAUACCUAACGAUUUUGGUACUCCAAUAAAGGGUGAUGAUGUGGCCGAAAUAACAGCCGAUGCAGUUGCUGCGGCACCGGCUGCUGCUGCUACUGGUAUCACUGCUACAGAUGAUGGUGGCGGUGCUAAAGGUGAAGCUGGCGCUGCUGGUGCUGUCGCUGGUAAUGCUAAAGCUGGUGGUGCGGCUUCUGUUGUUCCUAUGCCAGUUGAACUGGGAUACAAAGGGGAAUGGGAACUUGUCUCUGAAAAUUCUGGCGUCUCGUCUAUGCAUGCAAUAUUGCUUCCUAAAAUUGACAAGGUUUUGAUGUAUGAUGCUACCAUUUGGAAAAUUUCAAAAAUUGAAUUGCCUAAUGGAAAAUGUCGUGUUCUUGACCAAGCCACCGGUGAGAAAGAUUGUUGGUGCCAUUCUGUCUUAUAUGAUAUUAAGGACGGAAAACUUACCCCUCUCGAGCUCAAUACCGAUACCUGGUGCUCAUCAGGAGGUCUUGAUAUUGAAGGCAACUUGGUAAGCACCGGAGGAUUUCAAGGAGGUGCAAAUACUGUCAGGUACCUUGGCACUGCUGAAGGCAGCGAUUGGAGAGAGUAUCCAACUGCUCUUGCGGAUCGUAGAUGGUACUCGACACAGGCAACAUUGCCAGAUGGUGCAUUUAUCGUCGUAGGUGGCCGUGAUGCCUUUAGCUACGAGUAUAUUCCUAAGGAAGGGCAAUCCAAUCCCAAACCUUUCUUCUUUGAAUUCCUCCGCCAAACCAGUGAUCCAGAAGAAAACAAUCUGUACCCAUUUGUCUACUUAUCCACUGAUGGCAAUGUGUUCAUCUUUGCCAACAGUCGCUCUGUCUUGCUCAGCCCUACUACCAACCAAAUUGUCAAAGAAUUCCCAGAACUUCUUGGUGGUUCCCGUAGCUAUCCCGCUAGUGGAGCCUCCGUGCUCCUCCCAAUCAAAAUCCAUUCCCAGGAUCCCAAAGAGACUCUUCCAGCUGAAGUCUUGAUUUGCGGUGGCUCUGCACAUAAAGAUUCAUAUUCCAAAGCCGAAAAACAAAUCUUCUACGAAGCGCUUGAAGAUUGUGGAAGAAUGAGAAUCACAGCUAAAAAUCCUGUUUGGAAGAGAGAGCUUAUGCCAACUCCUCGUAUUAUGGGCGAUAUGAUGAUUCUUCCAACUGGUGAAGUCCUUAUCGUAAAUGGUGCUAAAAGAGGAGCUUCUGGUUGGGGUUUUGCUCGCGAACCUAAUUUCACUCCAGUUUUGUAUAGCCCAAGAGCUAAAAGAGGAACAAGAUUUACUGCACUAGCACCAUCCACCAUACCCAGAAUGUACCAUUCAACCUCCACUGUUUUACCUGACGGAAAAGUCCUUAUCGCCGGUAGCAACACAAACAAUGGAUAUAUUUACGAUGCUAUGUACCCUACUGAGUUGCGUGUGGAGAAAUACUCACCACCUUACUUAAACGCCGCCGUUAUACAGAAGAGACCAGAGAUUGUGACCUUCAAUGAGAAAAUGACUUAUGCUCAGAAUAUUGAUAUUGAAGUCAAGAUAGCUGGUGGCAAAGUGGAACAGGGAGAUGUGAAAGUUACUAUGUAUUCUCCUGCUUUUACUACUCAUGGAAUUAACAUGAAUCAAAGACUUAUCCAGUUGGGAUUGAGAGAGGUCGUUCCUGCCAAUGGAAACUUCAAAGUCGGAGCCAUUUCACCAAUUUCUAAUAAAGUUGCUCCCGUGGGGUAUUAUAUGCUCUCGGUUGUUUUCCAGGGAGUACCUAGCAUUACCAAAUGGGUUCAGAUCAAGUGAAAUAAUUCUGCAUGAGGAUUUUCUUCAUUGAAAUUUCGUUAUAAUUGUUUUUAUCGUAUAUUAUUCUUUUAUUAUGUUAUGUUAUUCUGUAAUCUGCAUCUUCUUUGAUUAUAAUAAAAACAAGUUUUGCUUGAUAA